ACGUUGUCUGGAAUCAGACACUGGUUUUUGUUGUUGUUGUUGUUGUUGUCGUCGCGUAACAAAUGACUAGUUAGUUUGCUAUCUAUUAUAUAUUGUGUCAUGUUAGCUAGAAUUUGCAUGACUUUGUUAGCCAGGACGUUAUCUUGUAGAAAUACUUCCACUUAGAUAUAUAACGUUAUCUAACGCGAAAAGAGCUAUCGUUCAAAUAAGCAAAAUGUUAGCUUGCUAUACAGUCCGAUUUACUACUUUGUUAGCUAACGUUAACUAACUAAUGUUUUUUUUUCUCGGUAUCUUAGCAACUGAAAUGACUAGUUAGUUAGCUAGCUAGCUCCAUGGCUAGUCGUAAUUGUAUCGUUAACUAAAGCCAGCGGUGAAACUAUCAAGGAUGUCGCUCCUAAACUACUGAACCGCGAGAUAUGUUGUUCUCGCUUGUCAUCUAAUCAGGGACUGUUUUUCUGGACUGGAUACUUUAGUCGUCUCUUCUUCUACUCUAUAAAUGAACGAAGACAGAAAGAAAGGCCGAAAAGACAGAUUCCCAGCACCAUGCCUGGUAAGUGAAUCCGUGGCAAUGGAAGGAAAAGGGCCCUAUCACAUCUACGACCCAGGCGGGGGCGAGGCUAAGGCCAGAGAGGCCAGGGAGGAGGGCAGCAGCAUUGGAGGGAGCAGCUAUAGACUACUGCUGGAAGAGAACAGCGUUCUCCGAGAGAGGAUGAAGGGACUCAAGAGCUUAGGAGACCUGUUGGAGGAGUCUCAGUGGGAAGCUUCUAAGUUGCGUCAGCGCGUAGAGGAGCUGGUCAGAGACAACGAGGCCCUGAAGUCUUCUACCUCCAGCUUCGCUACCAGUCUGUGUAUGGGAGGACCUGUUCAGACUGAGACACAAGGUCAGGGGAAGCUUCACCGUCAGCCCAGUAACGACCAGAGACUGAGUCAGUCGUGUCUCUCAACGGAGAAGGCCCUACAUCAUGAUCAGCCCAGUGAAGGUCUGUCCGAGUUUGAGGUGGUGAAUAUGGAGCAGAAGACCUCCGAUACCUUGCCGGCUGGUGCAGGAACAGGACAGCUUCCUCAGGAGAACCAGGAGUUAACCAGUCAGCUACAGCGUCUAGAAAGCUCCUUUAGUAUCUUUGCUGAGGCGUCCAACCCCAACCAGCUCCUAGCCCACCUGGGACGCAUGGCCGUCGAGUUCCACCACCUCUCCUCCAAGGUCCAGAAGAACGAGCAGAGGACCUCCCUCCUACAGACUCUUUGUGAGCAGCUCAGACACGAGAACAGCGAGCUGAGAAAGAAGAUGGAGGAAGACCUUCAGUACAGAAAUGGAGAUGUGGAACUGCUGAGACCAGAGAACCUGAAGCUGAAAGAGCAGGUAACGGGAGCAGGAGAGACCGCGGCAGAGAGCGAGGGGCAGCCAGAAGCCAAAGAAGACGUGGUGAAAGAGGAAACUGCCAGCGUUAGAUCCAAGAUGGAGGUCAGCACACCACAGAAGCGGAGGGGGAAUGCCACAGAGAUGGAGAAAGCCCCGGCCAAGCCCUGUGACCCAGAGGCCUACGAGAAGAAGAUCAAGCUUCUAGAGAAGCAGAGGAAAGAUGUACUGGAUGUUAACAAGCAAUGGGAUGCCCAGUGGAACUCGAUGAAGUCACAGUUUGAACAGAAGAUCACAGACCUGCGUCAGCGGCUAGCGGACUCCCAGAAGGCCGUGCAGGAGUUAGAGGCGGAGCGAGAACAGAGGCAGCGGGAUUACGAUAAGAAGCUGCUGCUCGCCAAGUCCAAGAUUGAGAACGUACAGGGGGAGAAGGAGUGUCUGAACUCUGAGACCACAGAGUUGAAGCAGAAGAUUCGUUACCUGCAGGAUCAGCUGCUGCCCCUCAGUAAACAGAGAGAGUACCAGGAGAAGGAGAUACAACGCCUCAACAGGGCUUUAGAAAAGGCUCUGAACCUGCAUCCUCCCCCGUCCUCCCAGCAGCCACCGGGCCAGGGCACCAGUGGUAACCAUGACGACAUGCCUAGUAACUUGAGGCAGGAGCUUCUCACUCAGAUAACGGUGUUAAAGGAACAGGUGAAGAUCUUUGAGGAGGACUUUAGGAAAGAGAGGAGCGACAGGGAACGAAUGAACGAGGAAAAGGAGGACUUGAGGAGACAGGUGGAGAGGCUGCAGGGUCAGGUGACCAACCUCACCAAUCAGGCCCAGAGGGAGAGAUGCAAGCUGGAGAGACUACAGAUGCAGCAUCAUAAACAGGGCCAGCAGCAGCAGGAGAGGCGUACCUCAGACCCCUCCUCAGGCACCAUGAACGGCCCUCUGAGCCCUCCCUACUAUGGUCCCUUUAUGCAGGUGGCUCCAGGAGGAGGCCCGGGACAGGAUGUCCGGACAAUACACCACCAACCCAGGAUACUCAACAUCCCCGCGGCCGCCGACAGUGUAGCGCAAACGGAACGUAGCGACUUCACACCGGUAAGGGCCAGAGGCCCCAGGUGGGCCGGCGCCGGGGAUGGUUCCAGACCUCCACCAGAGAACAUGGGUACGCUGACACAACAGAUGGCUGUGAAAAAAAGGGUUACAAACUUCUGGAAAACCUGGUUGGAAGAUCACCCGGAAGCAGGAAAUUCUGGAUCCUCCAACCAGGAUAUCUGAUCAGUCCACCGCAACUGGGUUUGGAAGAAGAGAGCGAUAGUGCUUUCCAGGGUCAAUAUUCUAAGGUCCUCUCUCCCAUUUGUUCUCUCACUGUGGAGCCAGCUGGGUGAUAGCAGCAUGAAUCAGUUAGUUUUCUGUUGACCAGGUAUGAUUUGAACUAUAAUUUCCUACUGAACUGUAGAUAUCCUGUUGUAAUGUUGUUUAUACUUGUGAAACACUGUUUCCGCUAUUCAGAAAUAUAUUCUAAUUUAGAUGCGUUUCUUUUUUAACCUCUUCAUUUUUGGGGGGAGAUUCAACAUCUGCUUCAUAUGAUUCUAUGCAGGAACUGAAGUCAUUUGUGUGUAAUAGGUUGAAAUGAUCCAAAUGUAAUAUUUAAGACAAUAUACCCAUGAGAUUAUCGGCUAUUGACGAUCGUCCCACUUGCAAAAUAUGUAAAGUUUUUACAAAGCUGUUUUGUUUCUCGUAGGGUCAAAGGGGUCUUAUUAUCCCAUGUCAAUAACAACAAGUACUACUUGUAUUCAUUCCAACGAUUUAUAUAAUGAAAAAAAGGUCAAUUGCCUUGGAAUUGGAAUCCAUAGAAAUCGUAACCGUGGGAUUUGUUCAGUACUGUUGGUGUUCUAGAACUCUACCACAAGUAUAACUGUUCAUACAGUGAUUGGUUAUAACACAUUACAUUUGGGAAGUGAAUUUAGCUGGUAUAUCAUGCCAAAAAAAAUCAUGGUUGUUGUCGUCAUUUAUUUAUAAUCUACUGGGUUUUUUUUUUAUGGUUGCAUUGACUAAAUGUAAAUCACUUGUCUUUCAGUAAUGCUGUUCUUUUUGUUAGUGUACUCCCAAUAUAUUGUAGCUAUUGACAUCGUAUGUUGGUUACACACAUACAUGCGCACGUACCCGAUUGGCCAAAAAUGACCAAUGUAAUUUCAAUGCAACACCUUUUUUGAUUAUCGAUUUCAAUAUGUAUUGCUAUCCUAAGGUAGAUAAGUCCUCAACAUAUUUACCCCCAAAGCUGUCCAGUCAUAUGUCUGGAGGAUUGGGUCAUAGGUCGUAGUGUAUCCAGGCUUUGUCCCAAUAGUCUUGAAUGGCUUCCUUUCCUGGCCUAAUGCUGACCGUUGAUAGCACUACAGUAGGCCUGUUCUGGUUGCUGUAAACGUUAGCCUACCUGAGCACUCGUAAUAUGUGCAUUUUUAUAUUGAGUUAAUGGGGUACAAUUGGUCUCCAUCACUGCUUUUAACCUGUCAGUCAUGUCUUUUUUCUUUUACGGAGAAUCUGCUAACCCCUAAGGAUCAGUCAGUCAGCAAUUACCUCCAUGAUAAACCACCUCAGCCUGACUCCUGGCCCUGGUCAAAAGUCCCUUUUCUAUAUAGGGAAUAGGAUGCUGUUUGGGACACAUCCCUGACUCUGCUGGCUUCUGUCGCAAUCCUGUAAGACCAGCAGCUCCAUACUAAUAUCCUAUCUAUCCGGCAGUCCUGUGAGCCUCUGUGAUACCGUCAAGAGCCGGUUUGAAUUCCAAACCCAGCCUUGUACCUUACCCCAGGUACUUGUGUUGAUCAGAGGAUUGGAUAGGUGUUGACAAAAUGGCGUGGUUAUUACUACUAUACUUUACGAUGUUUUGAUAUCUUCCCUGGUGUCUGGAGUUUUAAGGGGCGAGGGGUUGGUCACUACCCCCUAGAGCCACCAAUCCUUCUGAUGUGUGAUUUGGUUUGGUGGUGAACUAAUCUCCUGAAUCAAAGCUACAUAGGAUUGCAUAUGUAUGGGCAUUAUAAACCUUUGUGUAUGUUGCAUUCAGACUGGUAAAGAUGGGUGUUAAUUCACAAUGUUCACUGUAAAUCCAGUUGGAUCAGACUUAUUUAAGAUGGUUGAAUUGCUCUUUGAAAGGAAUGCCUUGGUUUUUCUCCCCCUCUGGCAGUGGUCUUUUUCUAGUUUGUAAUUCUGGAGUGUUUGCUGGAGGCAAAAAGCACAUUACUGAUGUGAUGAGACUUUUUGUAUUUAAACUGGCUUAAUAAACAUAUCCUGAAUGUCUUCGUA